CGCCAUAUAUAGUUAACCUUGUUCGUAAAGAAUUCAUUUUAUAUUUAAAUAUUUCAUGAACUGCAAUCAAUUACAACUGUUCAUGCACAUCAGAUAAAGUGUAAAUUAAAACAGUUUUGCAGAAUGAGUAUAUUAAAUUAAAGUGUAAUGUUCACAACACACAUAGCGGUAAUCUAAUCUGAUCGCUGGGUAAAUAAAUAUCAUGUCACAUGUGCGAAACUAGUACACAUAGUUUAAAAGUAUGAUUUAAAUUACCAUGGAUGUAUAAGGAUUUUGACUAUGGGUGUCAUUGUUCAUUAUUUUCUGGUCGUCGCUUUGAUCAUCACUGGGCAACUUACGUGUUAUGAUGCGCGCGACACUCCCGGAAAUAAAGAAUUGACGGCAAAACCUGGAAUUAUCCUGGACAAAGACUCAGCGUUAACAGCCAAUGACAACAUAAAAUCAACACUAUUACCUUUAAAAUCAUCUGACGCCCUAAAAACUACGACAUUAGCUACCCCCGGGGUAGUUACUGUUACUGCCCCGCCCAUACCGUCACCAGCAACAGCGUCACCUGGUGGAAACGAUGUUUCUAAAAUCAUAAACUUAUUGUUUGCAAUCCUCUUGGCAGUCACGGCAAUUUUGAUGGCGAUCACUGGAGCAUGUAUGUUCGGACUUCGACGACGAUAUCUGUUUGUAUCAAACCAUUCAAAAUACAAACAACUGGAGGAAAUGCCUAUCUGAGACAAUGACACGAAUCUAUGUUUCAACUGUGAACAAAACAACAACAGCAAAAUCAACAACAAAACUGAUAUAUUAAUGACAGUCUCUUUUUAAAACGAGUCACAGGAAAUUGAAAAAUAAAUAUCUUUUUAUGUAAUGGUAGUUCAUUGAUCACAGCAUUUGUGCAUACGUUUUUGUUUGUAAGGAUCUUCUUAUAGAUUGUUAUUUUGUUUUGUUGGAACUCAUAGAGCUCGGAAAAUAAACUUUGAAGUAUUAAAACUUGCAUGUUGUUAUUUAUGUUAUGGUGAUUAGUUAAGGGGAAACGCGGGGUGAAUAGCAAAUAUAUAUUACAGUAUAUGUCAUCAUACAUCAUUUACGUAGAACCGAUUUGUGAUAUUAUUCAAGAAGACAUAUAUAUACGAGAGUUUUUUUGUUAUGAAUUUCACAUAUUAUCAUUUUGUAUAUCAGACUUUCUAUUGCGAUUUGUGUGAAGAUAUCACGCAAGACGUAUCGUACAUAAUCAAACCACCAAAAGAACAUGCUUAGGCGGUUGGCGCGGCAAAACAUAUCUUCUUUUGGACUUGAUGUUAUUGAAAACUAUACGCAUAAUAACAAAAACGACUUCGGUUAACAUUUAAGUAUUCCGUGAUAUACUUCUACUACUACAUACAUGUACCUCCUUUCAUCUAGAAUGAACAUUAAUUUUAUUUCUGUCCAAUACUGAUUUGUUUUCAGCAGAAAAUGACCCGUGCUUGUAUAAAAAGGGUACAAUUUUAAUUUUCACAAAUAGGGUGCCGACGGUGAAACAAAUAGGAACUACAUUUCUCCUAUUUUUCAGUGUGUACGCCGUCAUGGGUGGCGUGACACAAAAAGUCAUCUACUAUAGUGAAGUUUGACAAACAAAAUUAAGACAUAAUAAAUAAAUGAAAAUAUUCUUUAACAACCACUAUUGUGAACAUUUUUGUCUACUUAUUCGUCGAAAAGUUUUCUCGCAAAUGAAGCAAUGUUCACCUUUUAACUUUUUUCAAAACGAAUUAAAUAAAUCGUUACACACUGUGUAUAAAAGGGGUUACGUCAAUAUAGUGUUUCGAGUGGCGCUAUAUAUUACACUUACAAUUGAGAUGGAGCUUGGAGUUACAGAAAUGAUGUUUUGUUAUUUAAUUUUUGUUUUUGGUGCAGCGUAUUGCUACAAUUUUCGGAAUAAUGAUACAUGCCUCAAUUUUCAUGUCACCAGUUUUAAUACUUGUGUUGGCAGCUCGGAUAGUAUUAAAUUAACCCCCAUAUCAAGACUAUCUUUGUACGAGUGCGUGUCUCAGUGUGCAGUAAGAGGAAAUUGUGCCGGGCUUAUUUACAGAAGAAAGAAUUUAUUUUGCCAACUUUUUAAAGACUUAAAUAGUACACAGGAGGCAAAAGGCGAUUGUGUUUAUAUAAAACGCAGUGAUAUUUUCACGGUUCCGCAGAGCAAAAAUAUGCCAAAUUGUGAAAAUGAAAAUGAAGGCGCAAUCGCAACUCCAGAAUGUUCCUAUCCGGAGGUAGACAACGGAAAGCCGGUUGGAAAUAUGUUUAUCGUUCACAGUAUUCAAACUAUUCAGUGUAAUCAGAGUUAUUUCGUUCUUGGUUCAAACAAGAUUUAUUGCACGAGUAACUUAACAUGGAGCUCCAUGCCAGAAUGCUACAAAGAAUGUAUAGCUCCGGAAGUUGACAACGCCGACGUUGAUGCUGACAUGGAACAACUUCCUGCACGUGCUACAGUUUCGUGUCAUGAAAAUUUCAUAUCAACCACUACUAGCAGCAAGUUAUACAAUAUUACAGAAGAAUCCCUUAUCUGUGAUAAAACUGGGAAAUGGGUGCCAGACAUGGUCUGUACAUCAUAUCUCAAUAUAUUUAGCAAGGCAUUUAAUAGACCAGCACGCCAGAGCUCAACAUAUAGACAUUAUCAAGCAACUUUAGCGACCGAUGGAUUGUGGAAUCCAGACUUCAGGAAAGGGUCAUGUAUGCAUACAAAUUUUACUGAGGAUACUGCGUGGUGGGAGGUAGAUAUGCUUGAAGUGUAUCCCAUUCGCCGGUUGAUAAUUCUCAACAGAGGAAGUGUAUUUGAUAGAUGUGUUUGA